GACGUCUGCAGCCACGUGUGCGGAAGGGGCAGCGGGGAGCGGGGUUGGCCGGAGUGGAGCGGGGCAGCCAUGCCGCUGAAGGCGGUGAUCCUCAUCGGCGGCCCGCAGAAGGGGACCCGGUUCCGCCCGCUGUCCUUCGAGGUGCCCAAGCCGCUCUUCCCCGUGGCCGGGGUGCCCAUGGUGCAGCACCACAUCGAGGCCUGCGCCAAGGUGCCCGGCAUGAAGGAGAUCCUGCUGAUGGGCUUCUACCAGCCCCACGAAGCCCUCAGUCGCUUCUUGGUGUCGGCGCAGCAGGAGUUCAAGAUCCCCAUCAGGUAUCUUCAGGAGUAUGCAGCGCUGGGCACAGGUGGUGGCAUCUAUCAUUUCCGAGACCAGAUCCUGUCAGGUGGUGCUGAGGCCUUCUUUGUCCUCAACGCGGACGUAUGCUCAGAGUUCCCCUUGCAGGAGAUGCUGGAGUUCUGGCAGCAGCACGGGGAUGUGCACAGCUUUGUCAUUCUGGGUACCACAGCCAACAGGACACAGGCGCUGAAUUACGGCUGUAUUGUGGCAAAUGUGGACACACAGGAGGUCCAGCACUACGUGGAGAAGCCCAGCACGUUUGUCAGUGAGAUCAUUAACUGUGGCAUCUACCUGUUCACACCUGCCAUCUUCCAGCACAUUGGCGAGGUCUUCCAGAGGAAUCAGCAGGAGCUAGUGCUAGAGGAGAGCUCCAAUGGCUGGCAGCGUGCAGAAGUGAUCCGUCUUGAGCAGGAUGUUUUCACGGCCCUGGCUGGUAGUGGCAAACUCUAUGUCUACAAAACUGACGGCUUCUGGAGCCAGAUCAAGUCAGCUGGCUCUGCUAUCUAUGCCAGCCGGCUUUACCUGAACCAGUACAGCAAGAGCCACCCAGAGAGGCUGGCCCAAAACAAACCUGGAGGCCCUAUCAUCCGAGGGAAUGUAUACAUCCACCCCACAGCUUCCAUUGACAGCACUGCAGUGCUGGGCCCCAACGUCUCCAUUGGUGAGGGGGUGAUGGUGGGAGCUGGUGUGCGUGUGCGAGAGUCCAUUGUCCUGCAUGGGGCCUCGCUCCAUGACCACACCUGUGUUCUCAAUACCAUUGUGGGCUGGGACAGCACCAUUGGGCGCUGGGCCCGGGUUGAAGGAACACCCAGUGACCCCAACCCAAAUGAUCCCUAUGCCAGGAUCAACAGUGAGACCCUCUUCCGGGAUGGGCGCCUCACACCAUCCAUCACAAUCCUGGGCUGCAGUGUCACGAUCCCUGCUGAGGUUGUUAUUCUCAACUCCAUCGUCCUUCCUCACAAGGAGCUGAGCCACAGCUACAAGAACCAGAUUAUCCUGUGAGUCACCUGCUCACUGGUCUGGGGGACAGCAGUGCCAGCCUCUCACUGCUUGCUGUUCCUCACAGCAAGACCCUCUCUGCUGGGGUUUCACCUCCUGAGAGGUUCCUAACACCUUCAGUGGGGUAGAUUCAGGCCCGAAGCCCUGCAAGUGCCUGACUUCUGCUCCAGGCAGACAUUAAAACUGGUGAGCAUGGGCCUUGCAUGCUGCUUGUUCUGCAGCCCAGGGACAAGCCCUGGGGCAGGGUGAAGGCUUUGGGGACAGCAUGUGGCCUUUUGGACCAGCCUUUGUGCCUGUUGAGAGGCUGGUGUGGGAGCACUUACAGCCUGAAGCAUCUCGGGUGUUGAGCUUUGUGUGUUUCCCCACCAAAGGGCAUUACCAGCAUGGUCUUGCCACCCCUCACCACCUUCUCCCUGCUUUGCACAAGUUGUUCUCUGCAACUCCCUGGAAGGUCUUGGCCCAUCUUGGAAUCUGGGGAGCUUUCAAGCUGCCUGUCCUGCUUCUCUACAGGAACUGGCUGCAGGAUUCAGAUUUCAGCAAUGUCAUUGCAACACCCCAAGCUGUGCUCCUGCCUACUGCUGGGAAAACAGCAGCGCCAGGCUCCUGAGGGCACUGGCACAGGAGGACUGGGUGAGACAGGCAGGGUGCUGGCCCUGGAGGGAGCUGCAAAAAACCACUCCUUCCCUCAGCACCCCCUCUACCCACAAGGGCUUUGUCAGCCAGAAGAGCUGCUAGUCCUGCCAAGCCUGCUCCUGUCAGGAUGGGACCUGCACAGGCUGCCUAGGCAGCGCUCAGGGCAAUGGCAGCAAGGCCCCUGCCACCCUGGUGGGCUAACAGCCUCUGCUCCACCAGCAUGGCUGUAACGUGGGGGGCUUGCUCCAUGUCUCCCCUCACGCCCAUCCAGAGCAAUCAAUUUACACACAUGACAGUGGCAGAGGUCUGUUGCCUCCCUGUGUCUCGAAAACACACUUUUUUUUGAAGGCAGCUCCCUGCUGAUCAUGAUACAUUGUAUCUGCAGUAACCAACAUUUUUUUUAUCCACCUACCUCCCAGUUGUCUUCUCUAGUUUUGGAACUCUGUGCAAAAGCCUUGCACUCUGCCAAGGGCCUUUUUCAUGCCUCACCUCCCACCUUCAGGGAGGCAUCACAUUAGGGAUUCUCCAUCCAUCCAGUACCACCCCAGCUCCAUGGAUUUACAGUAAAUCCUUGCUCCGAGCCCUGUGCCUUCCUGUGCCAGUUCUCCUGUGGUCUUGGGUGGAGAUUAGCUGUUCCCUGGCUUUAAGCACAUUAAACUCCUUCAGUUUUG